AUGAGGAAAAUCAAGUCUCGUACCUGGAAGAAACAGCGUUACUUCAAACUGCAGGACGACUGCAUGACCAUCUGGUACAAGUCCAAGAAGGCCGGCAAACCCCACUCCACCUUUUCAGUGACCGAUGUGGAGGCUAUACGGGAGGGCCACCAGUCUGAGGUGCUGCUCAGCAUCGCAGAUGAGUUCCCAGCUGACCGAUGCUUUACGCUGGUCUUCCGUGGUCGCAGGGCCAACCUGGAUCUGGUGGCUGAGUCAGCUGAUGAAGCGCAGUCCUGGAUCAGAGGCAUGAGGAAGCUGAUUGAGAACCUGGAGAACAUGGGGGAGCGAGAGAAACUAGACCAAUGGAUUGGUGACUGGUUCAGGAAGGCAGACAAGAACAACGAUGGCAGGAUGAACUUCAAGGAAGUGCAAGAUUUACUGAAGAUGAUGAAUGUGGACAUGAAUGAGCACCAUGCUCUUCGUCUCUUCACAAUGGCUGAUAAGUCCCAGUCGGGUACACUGGAGGACGACGAGUUUGUGCUCUUCUACAAGAUGUUGACCCAGCGGGAUGAUGUCCUGAGGGUUUUCCAGGAGUACUCUGUUGAUGGCCAAAAGUUAUCCCAGAGCGACUUGGAGGACUUUCUGAGGGAGGAGCAGCUGGAGGGGGACGACAUCCAGCAGCAUGCCAAGGAGCUCAUUGAGCGCUAUGAGCCCUCUGACGCAGCCAAGCUGCUGAAUGCCAUGACAUUUGAUGGCUUCUUGAUGUACCUUGGCUCAGCUGAGGGCUCCAUCUUCAACCCACAGCGGCGGGGCAUCUUCCAGGACAUGAGCCAGCCUCUGUGCCAUUACUUUAUCUCCUCCUCCCACAACACUUACCUGAUGGAGGACCAGCUUAGAGGACAUAGUAGUGUGGAAGGAUACAUCAGGGCUCUGUGUCGUGGCUGCCGGUGUGUGGAAGUGGACUGCUGGGAUGGUGCCAACGGAGAGCCCAUCGUCUACCAUGGACACACUUUCACCUCCAAGAUACUCUUCAAGGAUGUGGUCAACGCAGUGGGAAACUAUGCGUUCAAGGUAUCGGAAUAUCCAGUCAUCCUGUCCAUCGAGAACCACUGCAGUGUUGAGCAACAGAGAGUCAUGGCCCAACACCUCAACCACAUCCUUGGUGACAAGCUACUGAAAAGCACAUUAGAUGGCAAGGCCCCGAUAGGGCUGCCAUCUCCUGAGGAUCUUAGGGGGAAGAUUCUGCUAAAGGCAAAGAAAAUUGGCGGUCUGGAGGAGAGUUUCAACGGGAUGGUGGAAGACUCUCUGACCGGAGAGGUCAGCGAUGAAGAUGAGGUGACUGAAAUUGACGAAGACAACCUCAACCGUGAGAGUGUACGCCGCAGGCAACGUCUGUCCAAGGAGUUGUCAGAUUGUGUUGUUUACUGCAAAAGCGUCCACUUCAGUAGCUUCAAACACUCUCGCAUCCACUCCAAGUUCUAUGAGGUGGCCUCUUUCACAGAGUCCAAGGCCCGCAAACACCUGAGGGAGGCUGGGGCCGAGUUUGUGCACCAUAACUCGCGGCAGCUGACCAGGGUUUAUCCCAGUGGCUUCCGAACUGAUUCCUCCAAUUUCAAUCCCCAGGAAAUGUGGAACGCUGGGUGCCAAAUUGUUGCGUUGAAUUUCCAGACUGCUGGGGAAGGGAUGGAUCUGAAUGACGGACUGUUUAGUCAGAAUGGCAACUGCGGCUACGUCCUAAAGCCCAGUUUUAUGAAGGAGGCGGAGAAAAGAUUUGACCCUGAGACGCCCCAAAAACGGGACGGCUACCAGCCUGUUGUCCUCACCAUACAGGUGAUCAGUGGUCAGCAGCUGCCCAAAGUCAACAUCAAAGAGGAUUCUAUAGUGGAUCCUCUGGUCAGAGUGGAGAUUCAUGGGGUUCCUAUGGACCAGGCCAAGCAGGAGACCAGAUACAUUGAGAACAAUGGGUUUAAUCCUGUGUGGUAUGACACUCUGCGCUUCACCAUCCACACUCCACAGCUGGCCAUGGUACGUUUUGUGGUGGAGGACUAUGACAAGACAUCUAAAAAUGACUUUGUGGGGCAGUAUACACUUUCUCUCAGCUGCAUGCAGCAAGGUUAUCGUCACAUUCACUUAUUGUCCAAAGAUGGAACCAGUAUUCCUCCCUCCUCCUUAUUUGUGCACAUCCGGAUCACGGACCUGGAAUAA